AAGAAUACCAAGCUACGGCGACGACACCUAUCCCGACGCCGAUAGUCGUCGCUACAGGUCUACCUAUGCCGACGACAAGUUGUCGUCAUAGCUUUUGGAACGUUUGACCAACUAUCUUUGACCGCUAUAUCUGUGCAGACGACAAGUCGUCGCCAUAGGUCCGGCGGGAACGACGAAAAUGUUGGCAGUAAUAUGAAAAUAUAUACCGACGACGUGUCGUCGGUAUAGGUAGGAAAAAAAGGACUUUUUAUUUAUUUUUAUUCCGAGUGCCAGAAAAAGGAAAACGACGUGGUUUUUGGACAUCCUAUGCCGACGACAAGUCGUCGGGACAGGUUUUUUAAUUUACAUUUAUAUUUUUAUUCCAGGAUUAAGUAAUACGUCGUCGUUUAUGUCGACCCUAUGCCGACGACAUGUCGUCGGCAUAGGGGUAUACCCUAAAACAGAUACGCAACUUUCUUUCAUUUGCACACAGCGAUUGUUUUCUGCACUUUCUCCUCCCAAGCGACGAAAUCGAGUUCCCAACUUCAAUUUCCGGCGAUUUGUCGAAUCCAAGGUCAUUUCUACCCUUAAUUUGUUUGUUAUUGUUGUUUGAUAUUGAUUUUUACCCCUAAUUUGGGGUUUUUUUGUGUGUAGCAACCGGUGGUGAAGCUCCACCUAUCUAUUGACUGCCUCACCUUCCACCACCUAGUGUUGCCGCCGAAAAUCACCACCAGCCACCACCUUGCUUCUUUGACUAGCAAAAAAAGCAGAACAUCGGUUUAAUUCCAAAAGUAAUGACGAUCGAUAAGAGUUGGAUUCGGGAACACCGAACGUCCCCAAAAUUCUUGGAAGGUCUUAAAAACUUUAUGGAGAUUGCUAUGAAACAUGUUGACUCUGAAGACAAAGUGCAUUGUCCGUGCGUAAGGUGUGUGAAUAUGUAUCGACAGUUGUCGAGUACGGUUUAUGCCCAUAUACAUGACCGUGGGUUUCUAAAAUCGUAUACUAUAUGGAUUUAUCACAGUGAGAAGCAUUCUGUUUCGGAUUUGGGCUACAAUUCGACUCCAAUAAACAUUCCAACAAAUAAUGAAAUGUUUGAUGUAAUUGAUGAUGUUAUGGCGGAACAAAAUACAAAUGAAGAAAAUACAGAUGAUGAAGGACAAGGCAUGGACCCAGAAUUUAAUGCUUUAUUUGAGCAACUCAAUACCAAGUUACACCCUGAUUGUGAGAUGUCUUCUUUAAACUUUUUGGCAAAGUUGUUGCAUAUUAAAGUGAUCAAUAAAUGGACAAAUAGUUCAUUUGACCAACUUUUAGAGUUGCUAGGAGUUGCUUUCCCGAAGAGCAAGAUUCAAACUUCACACUAUGAAGCUAAGAAAAAUUUGAGAAAGAUAGGGUUAGGAUAUGAGUCCAUCCAUGCUUGCAAAUAUGACUGUGCUUUGUUUUGGAAGGAGAAUGCUUCCAUGCAGAAUUGCCCGAUUUGUAACGAGAGUAGAUGGGUGGACACAACCACAAAGGGGAAGCGAGUACCACAAAAAGUGUUGCGGUACUUUCCUUUGACUCCAAGACUUCGACGGAUGUAUAGUUCCAGAUUCACAGCUAAAGAUAUGAUUUGGCAUAAUACUGGAAGAUCAACGAAUGGUAUAAUGUAUCAUCCGGUAGAUGGGAAGUCAUGGCAAGAAUUUGAUAAGAGAUAUCCAGAGUUUGCCAAAGAACCUAGAAAUGUUCGUCUAGGUUUAGCUGCUGAUGGCUUUAAUCCAUUCGGCAACUUUAAUAACAAUUAUAGUAUUUGGCCGGCUAUAUUGACUACCUACAAUACACCACCAUGGAUAUGUAUGAAAGAGUCUUCUUUCAUGCUAACUUUGCUAAUUCCUGGUUCUAGAUCACCCGCAAAGGACAUUGAUGUUUACUUGAGGCCUUUGGUGGAUGAGUUGAAAAUGUUGUGGUUUGAAGGAGUCCAAAUGAGAGAUGCAUCAACCAACACUGUAUUUAAUAUGCGUGCGAUGUUGUUAUGGACUAUCAAUGAUUUCCCAGCACGUAGUAGUCUGUCUGGAUAGAGUGGUCAAGGUUAUUUAGCAUGCCCUACUUGUAACGAAGACACAUCUUCCAUUUAUGUGACCAACAAGAUGUCUUACGUUGGUCACAGACGAUUCUUGAAUAUAAACCAUAGUUGGAGGGAGAGUCUAUUGUUUGAUGGUCAACCUGAGACAAGACCGCGUCCUAGAAGAUUCAGUAAUGCAACUAUAUUAAAGCAAGUAAAUUGUCUCUCUGAUCGAAUUCUAGGGAAACAUCCUGAUUAUGGGGGCAAAAAAAGAAAGCGCGACGAUGAAAGGAAAAAGAGAGAGUUAAAUUGGACAAAACGAAGUAUCUUCUUUGAGCUUGAGUAUUGGUCUUCCCUCGAUCUAAAACACAAUUUCGAUGUUAUGCAUAUUUCAAAGAAUAUGAAUGAGAGUGUGUUGAAUACUGCACUGAUGAAUGAUAAAAGCAAAGAUAAAAAAGAAGCAAGAAUUGACUUGAAAAAUAUGGGCAUUAGACCAGAUCAAUGGCCAAAAGAGAAAGUCAAGAAGAUGAAGAAAAACAACAAGGAAGAAAACAAGAAGAAGGAAAUACUCCCACAUGCUUCUUACUCUUUCAAACCAAUUGAUCGACAACGUUUCUGUCAAUUCAUUAAAGGAGUGAGACUACCUGAUGGUUUUGGAUCGAACUUUAAGAAGAAGGUUAAUGAUACCGAAUCAAAUUUGGUUGGGCUGAAGUCUCACGAUCAUCACAUCCUCAUGCAACGAUUGCUACCUAUAGGGGUUCGAGCAUGUCUCCCACCAAAUGUUUCAAGAACAAUCAUUGACCUAUGUACAUUCUUUAAAAAAAUUUGUGCACGGUCAUUGGAUGUUAACGACAUGAGAAAUGCCAGAACAGAAGUAGUGAAGAUCUUAUGCAAUCUUGAGUUGAUAUAUCAUCCAGCAUUUUUCGACAUAAUGAUUCAUCUUAUUCUUCAUUUACCUGAUGAAGCCAUUCUUGGAGGGCCUGUACACAUGAGAUGGAUGUAUCCUUUUGAAAGAUAUAUGAAAAAACUUAAAAAUUAUGUCAGAAACAAAGCCAAACCAGAAGGUUCAAUAGCAGAGGGUUACGUUGCAGACGAAGCUUUGACAUUUUGCUCUAUGUAUCUUGAGGGUAUGCAAACUAAAUUCAACCGUGCUGAUAGAAAUGAUGAUCCCGGCCUUCCAAAAAGGCAAUUUUCUGUCUUCUCAUCACAAUGUCGAACAGUGUCGGCUAAGAAAAUCGCUGAACUUUGUAACGAGGCCAAAAAAUCAUUGCAUUGGUUUGUACUAAACAAUUGCGAUGAGGAUGAGAUGAGAAGCUACAAAUCUGAAUUCAAAUUAGAAUUGCCUGAAAGUGAUUUCAAAAAGGAAUUUCUUUCAUGGUUCAAAGAAAAGGUAAGUAUGUUAUAUAUUUAUAAUGUAAAACUAAGUUAUUACUUAAACAUAUAAUCUUAUAUUUCCUUACAGAUUUAUUGUCUCCAAAAAGAUGUGCCUACGAACUAUACUGACGAAUUAAAGGCGUUGGCAUAUGGUCCGUUGCGUGCAUAUUCGUACACUGCAUGCAUAGUAAAUGGUGUCCGAUUUGUUGUGAAUAGUCGUGAUCUCCGACGCACUACUCAAAAUAGUGGUGUUGUUACAUUCGGAGAAGACGGUACACCAUUCUAUGGUCAAUUAGAGGAGAUCAUAGAGUUGCAUUAUUUAUAUGAUAAAUCGGUUGUAUUCUUUCGUGGUAAAUGGUUCAAUGCCUCAUUACGUAAUGGACGCUUAAAGACUAUAAAUAAUAUGAUUCUUAUCGAUACCAGUCAUGAAUGGUAUGUCGGUAAAACGUGGUUUGAUGAUCAACAAUACAUCUUAGCCACACAAGCUAAACAAGUAUUUUAUCUCCAAGAUCCCACUCAAAACAAUAACUGGAGAGUUAUGGAAGAGGUUCAUCAUCGAAAACUUUGGAAUCAUCCAAGUAUCGGUGUUGUGACUGUGAUAGAUGUUGUGAACAACACUCAAUCAACUGAUUUUACCUUGGUUGUCGACUUAGGCACCUUACCUAUGCAGACGACUUUAGGUGAAGUUGGUGAAUCAAGUGUGGUUGCUAGGAGGAAUGUUGAUCCUAAUAUAAACGAUGACGAUUUCAUUAACGAUGAAAAUGACGAUGAUGAUACGUACUCUUCAGAUGAAGAAAUAAAUAAUGAAAACUAUGACAGUGAUGAUGAUGUUGUACAUGUAUAUUGUUCUAGUGAUGAAUCUGAUUGAUGAUGGCAGAAGUCGCGAGGGGACACGGGGGAGACGGUGGGGAUAGACCUCCACACGGGAAUGCACGCAGUGUACCAUCGGAUUGCCAAUCUUCGCAAGCGAAGAAUGUGAAUGUGCGUGGCAAAGGGAGAAACUUAAAUUUGUACAAUGAGUAUGAAAAAAACAAGUGUAAGCCUUUGGAAUUGCUAAUUGAUAUCUCCGGGCGGACGUAUCGAGUUAUAGGGGACAACGGGCAACUGUUUGUCAGACUGAUCUCAAAUCUGGUGGGAUCAAAGGUACCGUUGCAUUAUCAUACUUGGCGUCGUGUUCCUGCCAAGUACAAAGUUGAUUUAUAUCCCGAGCUAGAGACUUAUUUUGAUAUUGAUAGGUAUCGGGGCACAAACUUGUGGGAACCCCUUCAAGCGGGUAUCCAAGUAGAUAUGCAAAGAGCUUAUCGAGAGCGCAAG